UUUCUUCUUCCCUCUAUAGAGAGACGAGCGAUCAACCCACCCACCGCCGCUUCGUCCAUCUCUCCCUUCCACUCUUCGGUGAGGCCGAGAGAUUCCCAUCCGAAGAAGAAGCGAGGUUUGUUCUCCGAUCUCUUAAUCCCUCCUCUCUGAAUCCCUCGCUGUAGUCUUCUGUCUCCGUAGGAAGAAGGAAGCUAGAAAUCCCAUCUCGUGCUUCUUUUUUCGGUUGUUUCAGCCGAAAAAAAAGAGCGAAGGUUUGGUAAAUUUUGCCUCCUCUUUCUUCUUUGGGUGCCGGAGAUUCCAGAACAGAUCCAGUACAUUUUCUUCUGGAUUUUUUGAUUUUUAUCUACUGGAUUUUUAAUCGACCAGGAGGGUUGUUUUUCUGUGCCCUGUGGUCGUUUUCUUUGUGGAUCCAAGAGAGGUCGGCUUUUUGAACUACGCCUCUGGAGGCCAUUUUUGAUUUGGGAUUUCGUUUUUAGCUCUUUCUCUAUCUGUUGCUGAAAGGUCUUGUCUUGUUUUCUGCCUGUUUCCACUUUCUCUUAAUUUUUUUUUGGUUUUGUUUCGAGUUUUUUUCGUCGAUUUAGUAUGGUGACAGCUAUAGAUAUGCACAAUAGACUUCCGGUUGCCUCUGCAGAAUUUCUUGACGAGGAGCUCAGGACAGCACUUGAGCCUUUUAUGACAAGUGCCUCUUUCUCCUCCCAUUCCCCUUCUCCUUCCCCGCCUUCUUCCUCUACUCUCGAUUACUCCUCUCCCUCUUCCUUUUCUUCCUCUUUUUCUACUCCAUACCUCGCUUCCUCACUCCUCUCCAGCUCCUCGCUUCAGAGUCCGAGCUUAGACUACUACUCCUAUCAAAAUCCCUCCUUUGGCUGCUUCUCUUCCCAAAAUACGACCUUGGAUGGAUGUUCGCCGUCGUCGUCCGUAACCGAGAUGGUCCCGGGAAGCCUCAUGGCUUUGGAUCGUCUUGGGGUUGGCGGUUCCGGCCCGGUCGGGCUCACCCACCUCACUCCUGCUCAAAUCCAGCAGAUCCAGGCUGAAUUCAUUCUCCAGCAGCAGCAAAGCCUACUUGCAGCGAGGCAGUUGCCGCACCACGUCCACCACCAGCAAGCUGCCAGCUUUCUCGGACCUCGGCAUCAGCUGAUGAAGCACGCCGGCUCCACCGCUGCGUCAAAGCCCACAAAGCUCUACCGUGGGGUGCGGCAGCGCCACUGGGGCAAGUGGGUGGCCGAAAUCCGGUUGCCCAAGAACCGGACUCGCCUCUGGCUGGGAACCUUCGACACUGCCGAGGAGGCUGCGUUGGCAUACGACAUGGCCGCCUACCAGCUCCGCGGUGAUCUGGCUAGGCUCAACUUCCCCAACAUCCGCCAUACUGCUGACGCCGUCACUCCCAGUCCCCUGCACUCCACCGUCGUCGCCAAGCUUCAAGCCUUAUGCCAGAGCCUGACCAAUUCGAAGAAAGGAAAGUGUUUGCCUCCCAGCAGCCCCACCGCCCUCAAACCCACUUCGGAGGCCAUCACAGUUGACACCUACGACGAGUCGCCUCCCAUGGUCGAGGAGGCGGCGGUGACUAAGGGCGACUUGGGUUGCCCAGCCUUGGAAGACAACAAGUCAGACAUCUCGUCUGAGGGCGAGGACUCUUUGGGGUCGUUGCCGAUGCCUGAAAUACAGCAUUUGAAUUUCAACGAAGUGCCUUGGGACGAAUCCGAGAACUUUAUGCUGAAGAAGUAUCCCUCUUGGGAGAUAGACUGGGAUUCAAUCCUCUCCUCAAGCAAUUAACCGCUUUGUGUCGGUUCUAGUCCGUAGUCAUUUCCGGUGGUUGCUGUAAAUGGGGUUUUAGACAUUUGCAGAGCUGCUUUAGUUGCUCUUUAGCCUUAUGCAGUACAAGAGUCAUUUAGGAUGUGUGAGUCCGUAGUUUAUUCUCUAGUUUCUAUCACCUCCUAGUUUCUGCUGGUUGUUUUUGUCUCAGCAGUGCUAACGAGGAAGAAGAGUAUUGCGGUGUCAUAUUAUGGAGUUGUAAUCGUCGUGUUUAUAAUCUCAGUCUCAGUUUUACUA